AUGGGAGGAGAGACGAUCAUCGCUGUGGGCCAAAUGUGCUCAACCUCGAGCAUGAAGCACAAUCUAUCUCAGGUUCAAAUCCUUGUCAGCAAAGCAGUGGCAGCUGGAGCCAAGGCACUCUUCCUUCCAGAGGCAUCCGACUGGAUCAGCCAUUCUGGCGAGGAAACAUUAAGUCUCGUCCGCUCAGUAGAAGAUAGUCUACAUGUCCGUGGACUGCAGAGUCUGGCCCAGCAGCAUAAGCUAGCUAUCACGGCUGGAAUUCAUGAACCAGGCGAGAAGGGUUCAGGGAAGGUAAAGAAUACUGCGAUUUGGGUUUCGGAGGAUGGGGAGAUUGUUCAGAGAUAUCAAAAGUUACAUUUAUUUGACAUGGAACUGACCAAUGGGCCGCAUGCUCAUGAGGGAGAUAUCAUUGAAGAGGGAAUGGAGAUACAUCCUCCUUUUGAGACACCUGUUGGGCUUGUUGGAUUAUUGAUUUGCUUUGACCUUCGCUUUCCCGAAGUUCCGUUGUCGUUGAAGAGGCAAGGAGCUCAGAUCAUUACUUACCCCUCGGCCUUCACGGUUCCAACUGGGAAAGCUCACUGGGAAAUUUUGCUUCGUGCCCGAGCUAUUGAGACCCAAUCAUAUGUGAUUGCAGCAGCUCAAGCUGGAUAUCAUAAUGAUGUCCGAGUAUCGUACGGCCACUCGAUGGUAGUAAGUCCAUGGGGAGAAAUCGUCGCGGAACUGGGAGGGGAUUUCGGCGGGCCGGAGAUAGCAACAGCGUCAAUCGAUCUUUCGGAAGUAAACAGACUAAGAAGAGAAGUACCGCUAAGACGGAGAACAGAUGUGUAUCCAGAGCUGUAG